AUCCUAUUACUAUUCAAAUCAUUUGAAAAAUAUCCUUUCCCUUUCUCUCUUGCUGUAAUAUAUUUCGUCCUUUGGAUUUAAUCCACAGCAGAAAAAGAGAGAAUGGGUCGUGGAGUCAGUGCUGGUGGGGGACAAAGUUCCUUGGGAUAUCUUUUUGGAGGUGGAGAGACCCCUAAUGCUCCCCCCAAGGGCUCAAACAACGGGAGUUCUCCUAAGCCUUCUGUUACUCCCCAAUCUGUGGAUAACAGUAAGCAGACUCCUGCAGGCAUACCUGGUAACACCAUAAACAACUACCUUCGAGCAGAUGGACAGAAUUGUGGCAACUUUCUAACGGAACGCCCUUCGACCAAGGUCCAUGCUGCACCUGGUGGUGGCUCUUCCUUGGGUUACUUAUUUGGUGAUGGCAGCAAAUGAUGCCCUCAUUCUUGAAAGUGGUUUGAUUGCUUCAACGAAUGCUUAGAAUGUUUGGUCUGUGUGGUUGCUUUAUUGAAUUUUGUUACUGGGUGUAAUCAUCAAAAAAACAAGCAAGACAAGUAUUAAGUGCUAUA